AUGCCCAAGUGGUGGCAAACAGCUGUGGGUAAGGUUGGCGACGCGAUUGAGGAUGUGGGAGAUGCCAUUGAAGAUGCCGCAGAAGAUGUCUGGGAUGCCGGCGAAGAUUUGGUGAAGAACGGCACAUGCUACAAGACCGUCUCCAAAUUGCAUCAGAAUGGCAGCGAGUGUUAUCAAUUGGCAGUGGAGACUUCAGAGCUCUGCGAAACCACGCAACAGAGGGGAAAUGACAUGAUCGAAUUUGGAUCGGAAAUCACCGAGACUCUGCAUGGCUUUUCCACCAAGAUGGACGUGGAGACUUUGGAAACCAUCAAGGACCUCAUGGAUGGAGAUCGGCUGCGAGAGUCCAUGCAACUGGCGAAGGAUAUGGAUGACAUUGCUCUGUCUUGUGUGGACAAAUCUGUGCGAAUGAUGGAGAUUAUGGAAGAAACCAUGGACACGGUCCCUCCACCGAUUCAAAAGAUGAUUAAUAAAAUGGCAGGAAACGAUGAUGCUGAAGCCAUACAGGAAAAGGAACGAUCCAUGGAAAUCCUCUCCACUUUGGAUCAGGAUUUGGAUGAUGUCAAAUUCUGCAUCGAUGCACUGAUGCACCUGAAUAUUGCCACUGCCCUCAAAGUUGGGACUCAGGCUUGUGAAAACUUGUACGCCAAAGCAACUCUUUCACGACAAAUGUUCAACACCAUUAGGGGUUUUUCCGACGAAGUCUCUAGUUACACUGAGGCCAUUGAUGAAGGUGACGUGGGAGACAUGAUCAAACUGGCUGCCAAGAUGAAGGACAUGUGGCACUGUUUGAAACUGGCAGGAUUUAUGCGACAACUCGCAGAAGGUGCUGCCAAGGUGAUCAACGUCAUGAUUGAUCUCUUCAAGGCCAUGUCCGAUCGCCUCAGUACGUUGUGGGCAGCGCUGGCAUUUGCCAAGGAUUGCAUGACGGACUGCAUUGAAUAUGUGGGUCAAGCGAGAACUUUGGUGUUGGACGCCCGUGACAAGAGCAACCUACUGGUGGAACGAAGCAGGUUCAUUGCCGAAAAAAUGAAGGAUAUCGGUUCUUUCAAUAAGGAAUCGAUAGCUGCCGCAAAAGAGCUGUCCGACGGUGAUGAGAUCAAAGAGGUGAUUUCAUUGGCCACCAACAUGGACGAUUUGGUACUAGAGUGCGCAGGGAAAGUGAUAAUUAUGGUGAAGCGGGUCAAUGAGGGCUUUCAUAAUCUGCCUGAUAUUAUCACGGCCGAUAUCGAUGUUGAGGAGGAAGGAAAGAAGGAUGAAGAUCCCGAGCCUGAUGACAUUGAAGAGAAUGUGGCUCAGAUGGACAAAAGUCGAGAAAUUAUCGAAAACGAAGACAUUAUCACUGCUGCUCGAGCGACCGUGCCUGGGUUCCGUGAUAUCUUAGACAAUGAAGACACGUGUCAGAACAUGCUAAAGGUUGUAGAAGGAUUCACGGGCGAUGCCAACAACACCAUUGAAUCCUUCUUGGGAGUUUGGGAUCUAGAGUCCGCCAUGGUAAAAAUAUCCGAGAUGUGUCGAAUGGUUCGCCUCGGUGAACUAAUCAAGCAAUUCGCAGAACGGGUAAAGAGACUCCUCAAUUCCAUUAUUGCCUGGCUCAAGUCCAUGGUUGACAAGAUAUCUAUCGACAAUCUCACAAAGAUCGAUCUCGGUGACACGAUUGAGGGUGCCGUGGACGCCAUCAAAGAUUCGGCUGAAGAUUUUGCUGAAACGGCUGGAGAUAUUGCUCAAAAGCUGCAGUUUUGGAAAGACUAG